GCCGCCAUGACACAUUCUCACACACACGUCGUUUUUUAUGCAGUGAAAAAGGAAAAUAGCAGAGAUUCCCGAUACUCGAUCAUCAUAACGUGUAAUAGCAUUCCAUCAGUAAUUUUCGCAGUGAAGACAAGUGGAAUCACCGUUUUCGGUGGUUCGAUUUAAAGAGAGCAAUCAGUCGAUCCCGAAUCUGUCCGCAAUCCCUCAUUUCAUGGAUCGGACUGAUGCGUGAGAUGUGUGCACUCUCCAAAGGACAUUACCGUCAGCAUCACAAAUAAUUGAUAACAUAAGCAGCUACAGAUUCUGUUUUUGCAGGGCUGAGGCCCUCAGUUCCCCCGAGAUGAGCUCUCAUCAUCAUCUGAAUCCACCCUCUGGCGAAGUUAUCCACAUAAAUCACCUCUCCGAGGACAUCGGUGCACUCUAUCUCUCGGAUGAAUACUCGGAUGUGACACUUAUUGUAUCUGGACAACGUUUUAACGGCCAUCGGGUCAUUCUCGCUGCUAGGAGUCAGUAUUUUCGUGCACUAUUGUUCGGGGGAUUGAAGGAGAGUACGCAGGAGGAAAUUGAGCUCAAUGGUACAACGUUCCCGGCUUUCAAAGAACUGCUCAAGUAUAUUUACACUGGACAUUUGUCGUUGACGAAUCAACGAGAGGAGACAAUUCUAGACAUUUUGGGUCUUGCCCAUCAGUACGGUUUCAUAGACUUGGAGAUGGCUAUAUCUGAUUAUUUAAAAGAAAUAUUGAAUAUAAAAAAUGUAUGCCUGAUCUUCGAUGCGACGCGACUGUAUCAACUGGAUCGACUAACAAAGGUUUGCCACGAAUACAUGGACAAACAUGCUUUGGAAGUGAUUAAACAUGAGAACUUUCUUCAAUUGAGCGCUAAUGCUGUCAAGGAGCUCGUGUCCAGGGACUCUUUUUAUGCACCUGAGAUUGAUAUAUUCCUCGCGAUGCAGACGUGGGUAAAGGCGAAUCCUGAAGUGGAUAUGAACGAGGUUUUAGGACAAGUAAGACUUAGUUUAAUAGCCAUCACCGAUCUGUUGAACGUGGUUCGUCCCACUGGCCUCGUAUCCCCAGAAUCAAUUUUAGAUGCAAUUGCUGCACGCACCCAGACUCGAGAUUCUGAGCUUAUUUAUCGGGGUCGAUUGCUGGUCGAUGAGAAUGUUGCACAUCCGAGAUAUGGAGCCCAAGUACUGCAGGGGGAAAUGCGGAGUUAUCUGCUGGAUGGUGAUACACAUAAUUACGACAUGGAACGAGGAUAUACGAGACACGUCAUAACAGAGUUACAGGACCAUGGGAUUCUUAUAAAAUUAGGGGUUCAGAGUAUUAUAAAUCAUGUGAAAAUGCUGCUAUGGGACAGAGACAUGCGGUCUUACUCAUAUUAUAUAGAAGUCUCGAUUGAUCAAAAAGACUGGGUGAAAGUGAUCGACCACUCCGAUUAUUUCUGUCGUAGCUGGCAGUACUUGUAUUUCGAACCACGAGUAGCUUUAUAUGUUCGUAUUGUUGGAACAAACAACACAGUCAACAAGGUUUUUCAUGUCGUGAGCUUCGAAGCUUACUACACCAAUCACUCGGAGAAAUUAUCUAGAGGCUUCAUCAUGCCCUCUGAAAACGUCGCGACGAUGGACAGGAGUGCCAGUGUUAUCGAAGGUGUGAGCAGGUCUCGAAACGCUCUCCUGAAUGGCGAUACUUCGAAUUAUGAUUGGGACAGUGGUUACACCUGUCACCAACUUGGCUCUGGUUCGAUCUUGAUACAGCUUGGGCAGCCCUAUAUGAUUGAUUCUAUGAGAUUGCUCCUGUGGGAUUGUGACGAUCGUUCUUACUCCUACUACAUCGAGGUGUCAGGUAACUCCUGGAAUUGGGAGAGAGUGGCCGACAAAACGUCCGAGGCUUGCAAGUCAUGGCAGACACUUCGAUUCAACCCACCAAGGCCCAUUGUAUUCAUUCGUAUCGUAGGUACACAUAAUACCGCUAAUGAGGUGUUCCACUGCGUCCACAUCGAGUGCCCAGCGAGGCUGGAGACAGCUAGUGAUUCUAAAUCACCGAGGAAAAAUAAACGACAACCCUCAGUGGUGAACGCAAGCACUCUGAUACCCCCAACUCCACCAGAAACUGCGACUGAAGCCGUCAAUAUCGAUCGGGACGACGGAAAUUCGACGGAUGAUUCGGCUGUCUCUGCUGGUCUCCCCUGAAUUGAAGUCUCGUCUCAUUCGACAGCCGAAGGAAGCCACAAUAAUUUUAUAUCUGAUGAAAAUUCUUUUGUUACUGCACAGAGAAACCGAACAACAAUAACAAUUCCCCUCACGUAUGAAAAACAUUGAUGGAAAAACCUAGAGCUUUUCAUAGGGAAUUCUAUUUAAAUUCUGUUGGAAAUUCCGAUUUUUCGAGAGACAUUUAAGAGAGAAAAAUCAAUCUAUUCAUUUUCUUUAAACAAAUAUAUUUCCCAUCAGAAUUUUCAACAGCCCUUCAAUAGAAACUGUUAAAUUUUUUCACGCGUACUGUCAUCACUGUAUCUAGUACAUAAUGAAAUUAUUACUAAUUACUUUUAACAUAUCUCACGGAAUUUUCAAUCUAUAUUUUUUUAUUUUUCGUAUCCACUUUGUUACGAGUGUUUUCAUCCCAACAGUAUUCUUCCUGCAGGCGAUUGUCCUCUCCAGGUGAUGUGGAUCAAUUAUAAUCCCUUUAUCUCACUCGAAGUAGAAGAAGAUGUAAAUAUCGCAAACACUCGGUUCAUUCAGUUUUACUCUCUUUGUAAUCUAGUCAAUCUGCUGUUUGUUAAACUGAAAAAUAACGUAGAUUUCCAUUGAAGCCUCGAAAUUUUAUGUAUAGCAGAGAAAAUCUAAUAAAUUGUUCAUGUAGAA